AUGGUGGAAAUAGGGGAAGGAGAGGAAGCCUUAAGAGCUUGGCAUAGAGCAGGGGAAAACAUUUAUGUAAGCGAAAACCAUUCACCGCCGCCGUCGCCGCUGAUUCGCUACCAAACCACAACCAGUAAAGAAAGAGGAGAUAGCGCCGAUGUCGCCGUGCAGGGCGUUGACGGGAUUAAGGGAGGAGACGCCGAUGGUGACGCCGAUCUGCUGCUACUGACAGUGUUUGGGAUUGGCAGGAGGAGAGGGAAGAUCGAGAGAUAG